AACCCCGCAUCAUCUCGCGCCAAAUUUCCGCGGAAAAUGUUGUUGUUGUAGACAGUUGACAGAGAAUUUUUCGUUUGUCUACAAGAAUCAUUAGGAAUAAUCUUUAUUUGUUGGUUAUUAUCUGAAGGAUAUUAUUUUUUAGCUCCGCAGACACAUAUGAUAUUUGUAACCUUUCAAACCCACCUACGUCAUCCACACAAACCUCAUUUGGAAAGGAGCCAAAAUACCAAGAAUGAAACAAGAGCCAGACGAUUCCCCAAAUAUGUCAGAGGAAGCAUCUAAAGGCGAGGAAAGAGUUCCAUUUUCAAAAUCAACAAAUAUAAACAGAAUAUCUGAAAAGGCAAAAAAGUCUCUGAAACAUAAAGAAAGUCCUAAACCUGUCAAAGAAGGAGAAAGCCCCGACAGUAGACCAACAACUCCAGUACAAGAAGGUAAAGAGGAGGGAGAAGAAAUUGCUGCACCUCUCACACCAACAACUAAUCUUAAAAUGCUUUUUAGUGCCGUCAGUCCAGAAAUUAGAGACCGGGAAAGCAAGAUGAAGGACAUAUCGAUUGGAACUGAUGAUGAUGUGGUAGUUGUAGAACCACCAGACUUUGGAGAUGAUUUUGAUUGGAAGCCAGCUGGUUCCAGGAAAGAAAAAUCGCUUGGAUUGCUUUGUGCCAAAUUUUUGAAUAAGUAUCCAGAAAUGCCAACAACCAAGGACAGUAAUGUUAUAAGUUUAGAUGAAAUUGCUAAAGAUUUAGGUGUAGAAAGAAGAAGGAUAUAUGAUAUAGUAAAUGUGUUAGAGAGUGUGGAAAUAGUCAGUAGAAUUGCUAAAAAUAAAUAUGCCUGGCAUGGCAAGUCUAACUUGCCUGUAACGUUAGCUAAACUAAAGGCACUAGGAGAUGCAGAGGGUUUUGCAGAGCAGAUGAAGAAAUUACGAGAUUUUGAGUUGAGUCGAGAACUAGCAGAACAGAAUGCAGCUAUGUGUGGAACCAAGCUUGAAAAACCAACAUUUAAUAUUGAAAAUCUAGGUGGAACAGCAUUGAUGAGAAAAGACAAAUCACUUGGUAUAAUGAGUCAAAAGUUUCUGAUGCUGUUUCUUGUUUCUGAGCAAAAAACAGUAAAUUUAGAUCUAGCAGCAAAGAUACUCAUUGGUGAUGCAAAUGUAGAUAGGUCCGACUAUUCAAAAUUCAAAACAAAGAUUAGAAGAUUAUAUGAUAUAGCCAACAUUCUUACUAGCCUAGAUCUCAUUAGGAAAGUACAUGUAACAGAAUUUAGGGGAAGGAAACCAGCAUUCAAGUAUAUAGGACCUGAUUUAAUGCAGAUGCAAGACAUUAGUGUAUGUUACAAUGAUGGAUUUCACAGGCCAAGUUCGAGGCAUUCAUUAUUGGAUUGUGUGAAGAAUAACCAAGUUGCAGAAAUGGUAACAGGAAAAAGAUCAUCAGAAGCCCAGACUACUUAUGACAAGAAGCGGAAGACUGAUCCAUGUAAAAGUGACAGAGGAUUACAAGUGUGUGUAUGUGAACCAGUAAAGAAACCAUCAUUUCCUAGACAUUCAUCAUUUGAACAGAUUUGUGAGGUGGCUGAGAAGGAACGGCAAAAAUUGUACGAGUCUAUGUCACAACCCUGUAGUCCUACUCAGGAUUAUUCUGGUGAUGAAUUUACAAAGAGUUUGAGUCAAGGUGACACCCCUACUGCUAGCCCGCCAAAGAAAAAAGGUGCAAGUAAAAUAGUGGUACAACGCAAUCUAGCUGGUGAAGAAAUCAGAAAAUCUAAAAAAGCUGAGACAAUUAUUAUUAAGACUGGAAUACCUGCAUGUAAAAAUCCAACCAUGAUUCCUCUUACAAAAGAUCAGAUAGAUGCUGUUUUGAAAUCACUCAAAGUUCCAGUACCUCUGAAAGGGGACAAAAAUGUAAGUGAAGAAUCAGAGGAGUCGUCAGAUGAAAAAUUAUCCAAUAAAAGAUCAACAACUGAUAGCGAGUCAGAAUCGGCUCCUAAAAAAUUUAGAGUUGAUUUUCCUUCACCUCCUUCAGAUGAUAAUAUAGAGCAGAACACUUUUUCAGACGGCAGCAAAACACCAAAAGCACUUCAUACAACUCCAGAAUUCGCAGGUACCGUUGAACCUGAAAAAUCUAGUGACUAUGAACCAUUGGCUGUGCCAUUUCCUGAAAUGGAAGACUCAAUUGAAACAAAUACUCAUGUUGAUAAUUCUGUUGCUCAGAUGGUAGGGAAAGUGCUUAAAACGUCACAAUCAAACAUCCAAAGAAUAGCUGUUCAGUUGCCAAAUCAAUCUCCUACAAUACUUCAGUUUCCAGUAGUUAGUGUAGGUUCACCCACAGAGGCUACGAGGGUGACACCUUCACAAGUACAAAUUCUUCAAGGCAUGCCAGUUAGUACGACAGGAAGAAAUGGCCAGUCAUUUAAUUUUAUGGUACCUCUUACGUUUAGUCCUCCGUUGACACCUGAUGCUAGUCAGUCAUUGUUCACGUUCCCCUCUUCAAACCAAACAAGCACAAUGGUUACACAGAUUCAAACAUCUGUUGGAAUGGCUACGGCUAAAAAAGCAAUCACCAUUCCAAAGUUUGUGACUCCAACGGAAAGACCAGUUACUACUCAGUUCUAUAGGAGCACCCCUGGUGGGUUAGUUCCCCUCACGUCUAGUGAAAUCAUUACUCUCUCCAAAGAUGGACCUUCAACGGCAGUGAGAAAACUUGAUCUCCCAGACAUUAGUGUGUAGUUAUGGCUUCUUGCUGGGCAAUGGGCGAUAGAAUAGUUGUGUGUGCAUGUUAGAUGUUAGACUGUGUAUGAAAUUAUUAUUUAUUAAUGAGCUCAAUUUCCAUAAUUUGUUAUCUUGUUAAUUAGAUGUAUCCGAUUUUAGCAUGAUGUAUAAUAUAUGGAUGAUUUAUUUAUGUGUGUAUGUGUGUGAGUGUAUUUUAUGUCUUGUCAGUGCCAGAGGAACUUUUAGAAAGUUUCUUUUUAUCUAUUUUAAUAGUGCAGAGAAUAACUGAAGAUUGAUGCAAUUUGUUGUUGUCAAAAUUGUUAAGUUUUAUAUUAUAAUUUUAAGGAAUUUUUCUAUGUACUUAAUGAAUUGUACACAGAAUUGAAUUGUACAUACAAUACAAUGUUUUGUAAUAAACUAUUGAUUUUAUAACUUAUCAAACAAAAGCA